AUGGACUACUUUCUUCUGGAGUCUCUCAGUACAACAACAUUUUUGGUCACUUUUGUCCUUCUUUUUGUUUUGUACGUACUCUUCUUCAGCUUCAACCAAAGAAAGGAACCCCCUGGCCCAUGGCGUCUGCCUGUGAUUGGCAACUUGCUGCAGCUGGAUCCUAAAUCGCCAUACCCUUACUUUUAUCAGGUAUGAAGACUUUAAUAAGUGUUAAAAUUAUUUAAGAGGCAGUUGGAAAGAUAAACUGAUUUGACAUGUAAGUCCUGGUUUUCUGUUUCUUUCUGUUCUUUAAUAAUCACUUGUUUUUAUUUGUGUUUUAGCUGUACAAGAAACAUGGACCUGUGUUCACUUUUCAUUUUGGGCCCCAGAAAACAGUUGUGUUUGCAGGAAGCAAGACAAUCAAACAGGCUUUGGUCAAUAGUGAUGCAUUCUCAGAGAAAGAAGUCUUCCCAAUAAUCAGCGACAUGAAACUAACACACGGUGAGGAGGAACAAGACCUACUGAAUUUAUUUGAAUCGUCUUUCUGUUCUCUACUCUCUGCUUAUGUAAAUGAUACUAAUAAUUUGAAGACAGAUCUCAACUUUUUAAUCUGCAGCGAUUGGAUUUUCAAACGGAGACCGUUGGAAAGAAUUGAGACAUUUUGCACUGACUAACAUGAGAGACUUUGGGAUGGGAAAAACAGCAAUCGAAGAGAAAAUCAUAGAGGAGAGCCAACGACUGAUCGAACUAUUUAUGGAAACAAACGGUAACCAAUAUUAGAAGUAUGUUUAUCUGUCCCUGACAACCCUAUUGUUUUUUUUCCAUCCGUACAUACAGACCAUGUUGUGUUAGCUGUCAGGAUUUAUGGCCCCAUAUCUGAUGAUAAUGAAGUUUUUAUUUCUCUUAUAGGUAAAGCCUUGGAUACAACUCAGCCGAUAAACCAUGCCGUCUCGAAUAUCAUCUGCUCUAUCGUCUAUGGGCACAGAUUUGAAUGUGAUGACCCAGUGUUUGUUUCCAUGGUGGACAGAGCCUUAAAGAACACUCAGCUCAUGGGCUCUCCCUUGAUCCAGGUACAAUAUGCGAUGCUUAUGUAUGUUUUAUAAGAAAAAAUUGUCAGACAUAAUGUAACAUGUCACAGUAGGUUACACUAUUGUUGCCGAAAUGAUCACAAAUUACACACCUCAACAGUGUGUGCAGCAGGUGGAAGAGCAAGUGAAGCUGCCCCCUAGAAAUACUGCAAACAUUAAAAACCUUUCUGAUGGCAAAGUGCAGAAAAUAUUCAAAAUAGAGAGAACGGUCAUAUAACUAAGCUUUGGUUUUGUGUGUCUGUUUUUUCUUUCAACAGUUGUAUAACUUCUUCCCAAGACUGUUUGGCUGGCUUAGAGUCCGAAAGCAGCUGAUCGAGAGUUCAUUUAUAAACAGGAGACACAUCAAGGAGUUGGUGAAGGGUUUACAGGACACCCUCAAUCCACAGAUGUGCAGAGGUGUAGUGGAUUCCUUUCUGGCCCGGAAGCUCCAGCUUGAGGUACGUAGAAACUCCUGAGAAGUUUUCUUGUUGUUCUGAUCCUGAUGCUUCAAAAGAUCGAUCUCCAAUAUUUAAGUUUACUGCACGACUGUGUUCACGCCUUUAAGGCCUCUGGUGAUAUGAAAUCUCACUACACUGAAGACAACAUACUGAUGACUGUUGCCAACUUGUUUGCUGCUGGCACUGACACCACUUCGGCGACUCUCAGAUACGGUUUAUUGCUCAUGGCCAAGUACCCUGAAAUUCAAGGUAAGGAGCAUUUAUUGAUAACAUAUGACUUGUAUUUGCUUUAGAUUAUCUUCUUUAUCAUCAUCUUUAACUGUUAACUGUUUUAGUACCCUGCUACAACUAGAUUUAACUUUCUUAGUUAGAUUCUCCUCAUGGAGUCUUUUAUCUCUCAGACCAGGUCCAGGACGAGAUGAACAGGGUGGUUGGGAGUCGACCAAUCAGAGUAGAGGACAGAAAGAGACUUCCAUACACCAACGCAACCAUCCAUGAAAUACAGAGAAUAACCAGCGCAGUCCCAACAACUGUACACCGCACAACUCGAGAUGUCCUCUUUCAGGGAUACUUUAUCAAGAAGGUGAAGCAGCCGUCUGAGACAUCAUCAUAGGCUGUCCUCACUCAGACUUGUUUGGCACAUAUCAUCCUUUAUACCAACAACUUGGCUGGCUGGUUGGUACCAAAAGUACCUGGUCCACAGUCUGCUGACCUUACUGGCACAAGUUAAAUUAAUCAUCUACCGAGGCAAUUGUUGAUUGCUCUUAGCAGAGGAUACAUCCAUGUCUGUCUUUCUGGAGUGUUUGAUCAGUAUUUGUUUUUGUAUCAUAGUAGUGACUCAGAUUUAUGUUAUUCAACAGUAGAAGUUGUAUUUGAUAUCUGGUUAAUCUACAGUAUAAAAGACAAAGUAGAUAAAUGACAUGCCCAAUGUCAGUGAUUGUAUAGAAGCCAUGACAAUAAACUGUUAAUGUGCUCCAAAGUUAUUUUAUUAUGUACUCUGUGAAACGUGUCCAUAUGUGAAAUGUUAUCAUGUCCGACUCCAGGGAACUCCAGCUCUUUUCCUGCUGUCUACUGCUCUUUUUGAUGAGGAUGAAUGGGAAACACCUCACACUUUCAACCCCGCACAUUUCCUGGAUAAGGAGGGAAAUUUUAAGAACAAAGAGGGUUUCCUUCCAUUUUCUGCAGGUAAUUUUAUUUAUUAUUUAUUUAUUUAUUCUUUUUAUGGGUAAACUGACUCAAAGAUGUGACAGUAUUAUCAUGUUGUUUCAGGUGCAAGAGUUUGUACAGGAGAGAGUUUGGCUCGGAUGGAGCUGUUCCUCUUCUUCACCUCCCUCCUCCAACGGUUUCGCUUCACUCCUCCUCCUGGUGUCAACAAGGAAGACCUGGAUCUGACUCAAGUUUUGGGCUUUACUCUAACACCAAAACCUCAUAAACUCUGCGCUAUCAGCAGGAUCUGA